CUGAAUGUUUGAAAAAUAUUCCCUUUUGGUCAGAAGCAUUCAUGUCACUGGGACUGUUGACAUUCAGGGAUGUGGCCGUAGAAUUCUCUCUGGAGGAGUGGGCAUGUCUUGACAAUGCUCAGCGGAAUUUGUAUAGGGAUGUGAUGUUAGAGAACUACAGAAAUUUGGUCUUCCUGGGUCUUGCUGCCUCUAAGCCAGACCUGAUCACCUGCCUGGAGCAAAGGCAAGAGCCCUGGAAUGUGAAGACAAAUGAGACAGUAGCCAAACACCCAGAAUUCCCACAAAGGCAAUUUGCUAUGUCUUAUCAUUCCACCCAACACUAUUUGCCAGAGAAACAUAUAAAAUGUUUCUUCCCAAAAGUGAUAGCAAGAAGAUAUGGAAGCUGUGGCCUCGAGAAUCUACAAUUAACAAAAGACUGGGAAAGUGUGCGUGAGUGUAAGGAGCAGAAAGGAUGCUAUAAUGAAUGUAACCAAUGUUCAAUGACUACCCAUAGCAAAAUCUUCCAGUGUAAUGAAUGUUUGAAAGUCUUUAGGAAAUUGUUAAAUCUAAAUAGACAUAAGGUGAGACAUACCGUAGAGAAAUUUUUUAAAUGUAAAGAAUGUGGGAAAGCCUCUAACCAAUGCUCACACAUUACUGAACAUAAAAUACUUUCUAAUACAAAGGAAUAUUACAAAUUGAAAGAAUGUGGUAAAGCCUUUAAUCAGUGCUUGUAUCUUACUAAACCUAAGAGAACUCACACUGGAGAGAAACCAUACAAAUGUGACGAAUGUGGCAAAGCCUUUGACCGGCCCACAUACCUUAAAAGACAUAAGGUAAUCCAUACUGGAGAGAAACCAUACAAAUGUGAAGAAUGUGGCAAAGCCUUUAACCGGUCCUCAUCCUUUGUUGCACAUCAGAGAAUUCAUACUGGAGAGAAACCCUACAAAUGUGAAGAAUGUGAUAAAUCCUUUAACCAGCCCUCAAAGCUCACUGCACAUCAGAUAAUUCAUACUGGAGAGAAACCAUACAAAUGUGAAGAAUGUGGCAAAGCCUUUAACCGAUCCUCAAGCCUCAUUGCACAUAAAAUAAUUCAUACUGGAGAUACACUGUACAAAUGUGAAGAAUGUGGCAAAGCUUUUAGUUGUUUCUCACACCUUAAAAGACAUAAGAUAAUUCAUACUGGAGAGAAACCGUACAAAUGUGAAGAAUGUGGCAAAGUCUUUAAUCAGUCCUCAAUCCUCAUUGCACAUAAGAGAAAUCAUACUGGAGAGAAACCCUAUAAAUGUGAAGAAUGUGGUAAAUCCUUUUACCAGCCCUCAAGGCUCAUUGCACAUAAGAGAAUUCAUACUGGAGAGAAACCAUACAAAUGUGAAGAAUGUGGCAAAGCCUUUAAACGGUCCCCAAACCUCAUUGCACAUAAGAUAAUUCAUACUGGAGAUACACCGUACAAAUGUGAAGAAUGUGGCAAAGCUUUUAGUUGUUUCUCACACCUUAAAAGACACAAGAGAAUUCAUGCUGGAGAGAGACCGUACAAGUGUGAAGAAUGUGGGAAAGCCUUUACAUGGUGCUCACAACUUAAAACACAUAAGAUAACUCAUACUGGAGAUACACCGUACAAAUGUGAAGAAUGUGGCAAAGAUUUUAGUUCUUCCUCACAUCUUAAAACACAUAAGAUAACUCAUACUGGAGUGAAACCAUACAAAUGUGAAGAAUGUGGCAAAGAUUUUAGUUGUCCCUCACAACUUAAAACACAUAAGAUAACUCAUACUGGAGAGAAACCAUACAAAUGUGAAGAAUGUGGUAAAGCCUUUAUAUCGUCCUCAAACCUUAAAAAACAUAAGAUAAUUCAUACUGGAGAGAAACCAUACAAAUGUGAAGAAUGUGGCAAAGAUUUUAGUUGUCACUCACACCUUAAAACACAUAAGAUAACUCAUACUGAAGAUAAACCAUACAAAUGUGAAGAAUGUGGUAAAGCCUUUAAAUGGUCCUCAAACCUUAAAAAGCAUAAGAUAAUUCAUACUGGAGAGAAACUGCACAAAUGUGAAGAAUGUGGCAAAGCCUUUCCCAGUUCCUCACAGCUUAAAAGACACAAGAUAAUACACACUGGAGAUACACUGUACAAAUGUGAAUUUGGCAAAGGUUUUAAAGAGUGUUCAAGCCUUUAUGUACAUAAAAGAAUUCAUAACAGAGAGAAACCCUACAAAUGUGAAGAAUGUGGCAAAGCUUUUAGCCUGCACUCAACCCUUAAUUUGCAUAAGAGAAUUCAUACUGGAGAGAAACCGUACAAAUGUGAAGAAUGUGGCAAAGCCUUUAAGUGGUCCUCACAUCUUAAAAGACAUCAGAUAAUUCAUACUGGAGCGAAACCGUACAAAUGUGAAGAACGUGGCAAAGCCUUUAAGUGGUCCUCACACCUUAAAAGAUAUCAGGUAAUUUGUACUGGAGAGAAACCAUACAAAUGUGAAGAAUGUGGUAAAGCCUUUAGCCAUUCCGGAGACCUUACAAGACAUAAGAGAAUUCAUAUUGGAGAGAAACCGUACAAAUGUGAAGAAUGUGGCAAAGCUUUUAGCCGUUCCUCAAACCUUAAAAGACAUAAGACAAUUCAUAGUAGAGAGAAACCCUACCAAUGUGAAGAAUGUGGCAGAGCCUUUCACAUGUACUCAGCCCUUUCUGUACGUAAAAGAAUUCAUUCUGGAGAGAAACCCUACAAAUGUGCAGAAUGUGGCAAAAACUUUAAUCGUAUCUCAAGCCUUACUCAACAUGAGAAUUCAUUCCUGAGAGAAACCGUACAAAUGUGAAGAAUGUGGCAAAGCCUUUAAAUGGUGCUCACAACUUAAAAUACAUAAGAUAAUCCAUACCAGAGAAAAACCCUAAAAAUAUGAAGAAUGUGGCAAAGCCUUUCAGUGGCACUCAGACCUUACUAUACAUGAGAUAAUUCACAGCAGAGAAAAAUCCUACACAUGUGAAGAAUGUGACAAAACCUUUAACUGGUACUCACACAUUUCCAUACAUAGAACUCAUACUGGAGAGAAGCCCUACAAAUGAGAACAAUGUGGGAAAGCCUUUAAUCAGUGUUCAUACCCUACUAAGCAAAAAAGAAUUUAUACUUGAGAGAAACCAUACAAAUAUAAGGAAUGUAGUAAGGCUUUUAACAUUUGCUCAAAACUUUCUAUACGUGAGGGAAUUCAACCAGAGAAAAACCUUACAAAUGUGAACAGUGUGGCUAGGCUUUUAUCUAGUACUCGCGCUUUUCUGUAUGUAAGGUAAUUCAUAUUGGAGAGAAAGCCUAUAAAUAUGAAGAAUGUAGCAAAACCUUUAACCACUGUUCAAACCUUUAUAAGCCUAUCAGAAAGAAACCAUACAAAUGUGCAAAAUGUGGCAAAUACUUUACCUGGUGCCUUUAUUUUAGUAUACAUAAGAGAACGUAUAAUGAAACAAUCCUACAGAUGUAAAUAAAGUGGUGUAGCCUUUAAUCACUCAUCACAUAUUACUCAACAUCAGAGAGUCAUACUGGUAACUGAUAUAAAUGUAAGAAGUGUCAAAACACCUUUCAAAGCAUAAAAAUCUGAGAGUGCACCAGAGUAUUUAUACUAAAAAAAAUUACUACUAUCAAGAGUGGCACAGUACCUUUAUUUUUAUCACAGAUUUUACUGUGCACAGGAGAAUUUAUAGUGGGGGGAAUCCUCCAUUGAUUGCUCAAACUUUAUUUAAAUUAAGAGAAUUUGGAUUGGAGAGACACUCUACAAAUGUAAUGAAUUCAGAAAAACCUUUGUUCAAUAACACAGCUUUGAAAACACUAGAGGUUAUAUGAAAAGAUGUUUUACAUAUGCCAUAAUUUGAAAAAAUAUUUAAUUAAAAAAUCAUGUCCAAAUAAAUACCAGAGGACUCACAGUAGAAAGAAUUAAGGUGCUAAUACUUUCAGAUAUUACUCUAAAGUAGAAUUUUGGUUAUAGAAAAUGCAAAGUUAAAUAGUUUAAUAAUUUAUGUGUAUGUUUAAAAAUAGUAGGAGAUUGAUUUUUAUCGAGAGUUAUAAUUACAGAGUAUACUUUUUGCAUUAAAAAUUUUAUAUUUUUUGCAAAAUUGAAUAUCAAGGUAAUUCAAUUUUAAAUUACUUGAUGUUAUGCCAUCAUUCCUAGUGUUUUGUGAGAGGAUGUGUUCAAUUGCUGCUGCAUCAAAGAUAUGAAAGGUCUUUCUAAAUUAGGUGGGCAUCAUUCAUAUGCUCUUACAAUGAACACUACAGACACUAAAAUGUAAGAUGCAUGAAUAAAAUGGAGAGACUCUUUGUGAUUAACUUGUAAGUGCAUUGCAGGUGAUGUUGGUGUUAGUUGUUCAGAGUAAUAUUCUUCUUUAUUAUAGUUAGAAACAUUUGGGAUCUUAGAAGUAAGUUUUAUAAGUUGCAUAUUUAGGUAGUAAAAUACAGUGGAUGUUGAAGGCAUUUUUAAAAGAUUGUGAAUUUUUUUAAAUAAAACAAAAUUGUGUUUAAUGUGUUGAGUGUUGUACAUUGAAUAAAGUGUUAUCCUGCCACCAACAUUAACCUGUCCCACCUUAUCCAAAGUUGUACGUAAUAGAUGGUAACAAUGUACUAUUGAAUAUCAUAGUGUAAUAACAUGUUUAGUGACCUUUAUUCUGGUAGGCUUUAAACUUCAAAUAUUUUUAAAAAUAUCACUUCCAUAGGUUAAAUUUUUAUUCUUUGUGUAGCUA